CAGAAGAUGAAGGACAUAGUUUCCCACUAGCUGUGCCAUCCAUCACUCAUGACAGGUAUGUCGAUGACAUAUUUGAUGGUGCAGAUACAAUACAACAAUUGCAGGAGGUCGCACAUCAACUAAAGAGCCUCUGCAUGGCGGGCGGCUUCCCACUGGCAAAAUGGCAUGCAACUCAUCUCGACAUACUCAAGACUGUCACCGACAGCGAAGACCAAGGCUCACAAAUCACCUUCGACGAUUGCGCAACCAAGAUACUCGGACUCAAAUGGCUCCCUCAAGAAGAUACCUUUGCAUUCUCAACCAGGAACUCACUCAUUGAAGGCAGACUCACAAAACGCCUCGUCUUAUCUGAAGUGGCUCAGAUACUCGAUCCACUUGGUUUUGCAUCACCUGUCGUGAUCAAGGCCAAAAUUCUCUUGGAGGAGCUGUGGCUGCACAAGCUCCAAUGGGAUGAUCCACUGCCAUCCCAGCUCUCAGCCCGGUGGCUCAUCAUCAGAGAAGAACUCACAAGCUUGGCCAAGCUCUCAAUACCUCGGUGGCUCAACACGUGGAGCGACUCGCAAGUGGAACUUCAUGAAUUCUCUGAUGCUUCUCAAUUGGCAAUGACUGCAGUCAUAUACAUAUCCGUUCACGACUCAAACGGCGCCACGUUCUCACUUGUGUGCUCCAAGACUAAGGUAGCACCUCUCAAGCGGUUCUCAAUCCCGCGACUUGAACUCACGGCUGCUCUACUACUCUCUCGACUCAUGCAAUACGUCAAAGCCACUUUGAACAUGGACGUAACGGCAACUCAUAUGUGGACGGAAUCUCUAGCGACACUUUCAUGGAACACCUCUGUGAAAGGUUCAUGGAUCAGAUCUCAUGCAUCACGCUGGAAGGAUUUUGUCAGAACCAGGGUGGCUCGAAUUGAAGAACUCACUCCAGCUGCUCACUGGAGAUACAUACCUGGAACUUCCAAUCCGGCUGAUUGCGCAUCACGAGGCCUCACGACUGCUCAACUUCCAAGUCAAUCACUUAGGUGGACGGGACCACCAUGGAUACUCAACCCAGACUCAUGGCCGUCGCAACCUGCACUCUCUGAAGAAUUGAGUGCAACAGAAGCUCGCCCAGGCGUUUCGCUAUUGACGGUUACGCCAAGGACUGAAUAUCAAUGGGAACUCAUCUACAG